UUGUUUAUAUUUCGUAAAUGUUAAAGAUAGUAAAGUGUUCAUACAAUAGGAGGUUUCAUAUUUUAGUAGUUGCACAGUUAGUCUAGUUUGCGGAUGCAGUAUUAGAAAUUCGUUGUGAUUGUGAUAAUUUACUAUUGUGCGGUGGUUAGAUAAAACAUGCCUAAUCCAACUUUAGAACACUCGCCAAAUGCGGCCUUAAAUAAAACAGUAUUAGCCGAAUACAUGAAACUGCCUCUUCCCGACGGAGUAUGCCAGGCCACUUAUAUCUGGAUCGACGGUACAGGAGAAGGACUCAGAGGGAAAACGAAAACUUUGGAUUUUGUACCAACCAAACCUGAAGAACUUCCAAUCUGGAACUACGAUGGUAGCUCAACAUAUCAAGCAGAAGGAUCCAAUUCGGAUACAUACCUUUAUCCAGUAGCCAUAUUUAAUGAUCCUUUCAUCAGAGGAAACAAUAAAUUGGUUCUUUGUGAUACCUACAGAUACAACAAAAAACCAACGGAUACAAAUAAAAGAGCUUCUUGCUUCGAAGCGAUGCAAGCAGCGAAAGACACCCAUCCCUGGUUCGGUAUCGAACAGGAAUACACACUACUGGAUAUGGAUUUGAGGCCUCUGGGUUGGCCUAAGAACGGGUUCCCCGGUCCACAGGGGCCCUACUACUGUGGAGUAGGCGCCAACAAAGUCUACGCUAGAGAUAUUGUUGAGUCUCAUUACAGAGCGUGCUUGUACGCUGGCAUCAAGGUUGCUGGUACUAAUGCAGAAGUUAUGCCCGCACAGUGGGAAUAUCAAGUUGGACCUUGCGAAGGUAUUUCGAUAGGUGACCAAUUGUGGGUUUCAAGAUAUAUCCUUCACAGAGUUGCAGAAGAUUUCGGUGUAAUUGUUACCUUUGAUCCUAAACCUAUGGAAGGAGACUGGAAUGGAGCUGGCGCUCAUACCAAUUUCUCCACACAAGCCAUGAGAGAAGAUGGAGGUAUUUUGGAAAUUGAAAAAGCUAUUGACAAGUUGAGCAGAAACCAUCUUAGACACAUCCAGGCCUACGAUCCUAAUGGAGGAAAAGACAACGAAAGACGUCUUACCGGAAGACAUGAAACUUCAUCAAUCCACGAUUUUAGUGCAGGUGUGGCUAACCGUGGUGCAAGUAUUCGUAUUCCACGUGGCUGUGCCGAAGAGAAAAAGGGCUAUCUGGAAGACAGAAGACCAGCAUCCAACUGCGAUCCUUACUCUGUAACCGAAGCCAUAGUCAGAACGUGCAUCCUAGAUGAAUAACCUG